UCUUUGAAAAUAUUUACGAUGAGUAAUUUUUAACAUGAUACUUACACAUAAAUACUCAGUUAUGUGCUUUUUGUGUUCUUAAGACAAAUAAGAUUUGGCUGAGUGGAGGGACAUUGAGAGAAUGGGGAGUGAAGAAGAGAGCACGGUGAAGGAACCACUAGAUCUUAUCAGGCUCAGCCUUGACGAGAGGAUUUAUGUCAAGCUCCGUUCUGACCGUGAACUCCGUGGAAAACUUCAUGCUUAUGACCAGCACCUUAAUAUGAUUCUUGGAGAUGUUGAGGAAAUUGUGACAACUAUUGAGAUUGAUGAUGAAACAUACGAAGAGAUAGUUCGGACUACAAAAAGGGUGGUCCCUUUCCUUUUUGUUCGUGGAGAUGGUGUGAUUUUGGUUUCACCUCCUUUGCGGACUGCUUGAUUGACCCCCCCACCCCACCUAAACGAGGAAAGAUAUCGAUGACAAUGGUCAGUUUGAUGUUUUGUUUUUGUUUAAAAAUCAACAAUGUGGCUUUCUUUCUUUGUCUUUUCUUGUUCAAAGCUAUGUUGGUGGUGUUGGCAUUAUUAUGUUUUGCUCUGUACUCCCCUCCCAUGUCCCCUACAUUCGUGUAUAACUUCUUUCUACUCGUAGUAGAUAAGGGCAGUUUUUCCAUGAUCAUUUGGCGGUAAUUUUUUCUAUGGCGUUCGAAAUUAUCUCUCCUC